AUGCCCGAAGAUGAAGAAGAUAAUGGCCUCCUGAGUGGUCAGAAUGGCGCGCAUGAGCUUGAAGCUCAGUCUCUGCUGUCUUCUUCCCCCGAGGAGCAAGACGAUCUCAUAGUUCGGUCCUCCGCGGCCAGUUCGCCCGUGCCUGCAAGCGGCAACCGCGCGUACGAGAAGCGCCAAUCCUCGAUAUCGCAGCCUACGCCGGAAGGACAACGUCGCACACCUCGCACAAUGAACCGAGUACGGUUUGAUAUAGACGAGGAGGAGGGCGAGGAGGAAGACGAGGAGGACGAGGAGGACGGUCACUAUUCGAAUGGACAUGUCCGCACCCCCGAUGGAGAUGCGCCAUGGUUGGACGACGAAGACUACGAGCUCGGCGAGCAAAGUGGGCUCGGGACACGAAACACAGGGCAGACCGUUCCCUUGCUCACCAACAUCGAAGCCCCGAGUGUGACACUCGCAACCUCAGACGACUUUUUCCCCGAGGAUCACCUGGAGCACGCGCGGCCAAGGAGUGGAAUGAAAAUGGCAUUCAUGAACAUGGCAAACAGCAUUAUUGGGGCCGGAAUCAUCGGACAGCCGUACGCACUCCGGCAGGCUGGCAUGGCAAUGGGGAUACUGCUGUUAACAGCGUUGACUUUCACGGUGGACUGGACUAUCCGCCUGAUCGUCAUCAAUUCAAAGAUGAGUGGCGCCGACUCUUUCCAAGCCACUAUGCAAUAUUGCUUCGGGAGGAGUGGCCUGAUAGCAAUCUCCAUUGCACAAUGGGCCUUUGCUUUUGGUGGCAUGGUUGCUUUUUGCAUUAUUGUUGGCGAUACGAUUCCACAUGUCCUGGCGGCGUUGUUUCCGUCCCUCCGGGAAAUGCCAUUCCUAUGGCUGCUGACCGAUCGACGGGCUGUCAUCGUGCUCUUCGUCCUUGGUGUUUCUUAUCCCCUCUCAUUGUACAGAGACAUUGCGAAGUUGGCGAAAGCGUCCGCGUUGGCGUUGGUCAGCAUGAUAGUCAUCGUGGUUACGGUCAUCACGCAGGGAUUUCGUGUCCCGGCAGACUCGCGAGGCGAGAUUAAAAGUCAUCUUAUAUUCAACACAGGGUUCUUCCAAGCUGUGGGCGUGAUAUCCUUUGCUUUUGUUUGCCACCAUAACAGUCUUUUGAUCUACGGAUCGUUAAAGAAACCCACGCUCGACCGCUUCACAACAGUUACACACUACUCGACGGGAGUCUCGUUGGUCAUGUGUCUAGCCAUGGGCAUUGCCGGAUUUCUAUCCUUCGGCUCGAAGACCCAGGGGAAUGUGCUCAAUAACUUCCCGUCCGACAACAUCCUGGUCAACAUUGCUCGAUUUUGCUUUGGUCUGAACAUGCUGACUACGCUCCCACUGGAGGCCUUUGUCUGCCGCUCAGUUAUGACAACCUACUACUUCCCAGACGAACCUUAUAACCCCCAUCGACACUUGAUCUUCACCACCGCUUUGGUCGUUUCCUCAAUGAUUUUAUCAUUAAUUACAUGUGAUCUCGGCAGUGUGUUCGAGCUGAUUGGAGCAACCAGUGCUGCGGCCCUUGCGUAUAUCUUCCCUCCUCUUUGCUACAUCAAACUCAGCAGUGCCACCCGGCGCGAAAAGAUACCAGCCUAUGUGUGUGUCGUUUUCGGACUCGUCGUCAUGGGGGUAAGCGUGGUGCAGGCGGUUGCCAAGAUCAUUCGAAAUGACGGCGAAGGUCGUACUUGCGAUGCUUAUUGA